UACCCUAAUCUGAAAAUUGAAGACAGGGAGAGAGAGAGAGAGAGAGGAGUGCCCCCAAAGCAAAGGAGGAGCAGAAAUCUUCUCAACUCUCGUUCCUCUGACUCUGAUUCUGAUUCUAGUAUUCUUUUGGAAGACUGCAUUGAAUUGAUAUUCACAGGAUUUGAUAUUUUGUAUGAUUUAUACGUAUUGUUUUUAUGAAUUGGCUGCAACCCUGAUCAGGAAGGGAGGCCAACGAUUUGGGAUAACCCAGAUAAGAAAAAUUGGAGACUCGUAAUUUUGUUUUGAUUGAUUGUUGAGAGGAUGGACGCGGACGCCGGGAAUGGGAGUGUAGUACAUGGAGGAUUGGAGAAUAAGGUGAAACCAGGGAAGUUUCCGUUGACCGUGUGGGAGGUGACGGUGGCGAGCGGCGUCGUAUUGGGGUUUGUGUUGGGGUUGGUGGGGCUGUACCUGACGAUGCCUGCAUCUGAUUACAGCUUCCUCAAGCUUCCCCGUUCGCUACAAGAUCUUCAAAUCCUCAGGGAUAACCUGGAGAGCUAUACAAGUGACUACACUGUACAGGUUCUUGUCGGAUACUGUCUGGUCUACAUUUUUAUGCAGACUUUUAUGAUUCCUGGAACGGUUUUUAUGUCCUUGCUCGCUGGAGCCCUUUUCGGGGUCUUCAAAGGUGUAGCUCUUGUUGUAUUUACAGCUACUGCAGGUGCAUCUUCCUGUUUUUUCUUAUCCAAAGUAAUUGGUCGACCACUUGUCUUCUCUCUGUGGCCUGACAAGUUGGUUUUCUUCCAGGCCCAGGUAGCCAAAAGACGUGAACGUCUGCUAAACUACAUGCUUUUCUUGAGGGUGACUCCAACACUGCCAAAUACAUUUAUAAAUGUUGCAUCACCAAUUGUUGAUGUUCCAUACCAUACUUUCUUCCUGGCAACCUUCAUUGGCCUCAGUCCUGCUGCUUUUGUUACUGUCAGGGCUGGAAUAGCUCUUGGUGAGUUGCAGUCAGUUGGUGAUCUCUAUGACUUCCAGUCUAUAGCAACUAUGUUUCUCAUAGGUGUUGUAUCUGUUACUCCCACGUUGAUGAGCAGCAAGAGCAAAUCGUGAUACUCAAAUCGGCUCCAAUGCACUGUAAUAUACCAUCUCUCUCCUUCCAGUCAAUUCGUUGGUUCUCAUCUCAGUAUAGAUUAGCAUCUCUUGAUGCCUAUUACAGCGUAGUUGAAAGCUUUGGAUGCUUUAGCAUGAGAGAUGUCUGAGCAUCUGCAUUAUUGUGUAUAGUAUCUACUGCGGUGUGAUUUAAAUUGUUAAUACAGUCUAUUAUUGUUUAAAUAUGGUAUAAUUUAGGAUAGGAUUAAUUCAAACUCGUAUUUGAAUCUAUAUUCCAGAAUGCAAUCAGCAAAAUUACUUUGUUUGUUA